AUGCGAUGCGCGAGCAAGGCCGCCGAGAGCGCGUCUGCACGUCUCUGUGCGGACGCCGAAGCAGAAACUACAGCAACUGAUGUCCCAUCGGUUGCUGAAUCGACUCAGCCUGUAUCACCUGGUGAUGCAGGCGCUGGUCAUGAAGACACUCGUGUCUUCACAGAGUACGAGCUCGGUGUCUCGUACUCUCCUGAUACGGAUGACGGAUCCGUAUCGACGGCAAUUGAAUCCAAGCCGCCUGCCAAGCGUGGCAUGGACGAUGCUUUGCGUCGCAGCAUCUUUGGUUCAUCUGAUGAGUCAGAUGAACCAUCGCCGAAGCGAAGGCGCUCGAGGUCGCGAGACUCGGGCGCUAAUAGUGGUGUCGUUUCUCCAAUGGACACCACUUCACAGCGAGGUGCCAGUACUUCUGUCGGCACGUCGCAGGAAGAGCGGGACCGCAAUGUGUUGCGUCUCGCUCCAGAAAAGAAGGCAUGGAUGCCUCUAAAUCUGUCAUGGAUCACUUGUCGGCGACGACGAGUGAUCUUUAUCGAACACGAUUGCUCGAUUCGUCGAGGAUUCAUCACCUUGACCCCAGCGCGAAAGACUAUCGCGCUGAACAUGAGUUCUUCAUCGAUGCUUUCUUCAAACAUCGAUGGUACAGUGGGAAUCACAAACGUGAUGGUCCCUCACUACUUCAGGCGUGGAACGCCUACAUCCAUAAUCUCGAGGAUGUAG